GAUAAUAGUGUGUAGGGGAGGGCGCCGCGCGCGCGCUCUUAUCACCAGGGAUGUCGCGUCGAAAACAGAGCAACCCCCAAGCCCUGCAAACAUCAUUCCGGGGACGAGGAGGGCCUACAUUUCGUGCCUGGUCUUGACGUGAAGCCGGACCGGCUGUCAAUCUCGGAGCGAACAGACCGCAGCUCGUCCCCGGAGCAGGAGGGGCCGGCCGAGGGGAGUCCCGCCGACAGGGACGCGUCCCCGUCGUCCGACGCAGCCUCCGAUUCAGCCGGCGCCGCGCCGCCCGCCAUCCCGGCUGGGGAGUUGCCGAGCUCGCCAGUAGAUGGCUCUUCGAAGACGCCGCCAGAUGGCAGCAGUGCGCGGCAGCCGGCCGGCCCAGUGACGCCGCCCGACCCGGCCAUGUUCGUCAGCGCCGAGAUCAAGUCGGAGCCGGGGAGUCCCCGCGACGGCCGCAGCCCUCGCCUGGCCAGUCACAGCCCCAGCACGCCGUCACCUUUCAUCAUCAUGCCGAACUUGCAGCCGCGCGGGAUGCUCUGCUCGUGCGGCAUCAACUUCAGCUCGCUCAGCACGCUGGCGGCGCAUCAGAAGUACUAUUGCACGAACCGGCCAAACGCUGAUGACACCCCAGAGCCGGUGGUGGGCGGCAUCGAGCCGGUCGUCUCGCCCGGCCCGUCCGAGUCGUCCGUCUCCGAGGCGAACAGCUCGCAGGCCGAGCCGGCCGCCAAGCGGCGGCUCUUCUCCUGCCCGCAGUGCUCGUUCACCACCGACAAGGCCAACGGCCUGAACCGGCACAUGCGAAUCCACGCGCCGCCGCCCGGCGCCGGCGGCGACAAGGAGCGCGUAGAGGAGCGUUUCUGCCACAAUUGUGACAUUCAGUUCUCUUCGAUGAAGACGUAUCAUGUGCACAAGCAGUACUACUGCCAGACGCGGCUGGGCAAGAACCCGGCCGGGGGCAGCGGCUCGGCCGAGCCGGAGCCGGGCGUUGCCAAGGAGGAGCCGCAGCAGCGCAUGGUGGCGCUGCCCACCUCGCCCGUCCUGCUCAUCCCGUACCAGGUAUUGCAGGGCGCGACUCUGGUGGCCAACCCGUGCCCGCCGGGCGCGCCGCCCACAGCGUGCGUCGUGCUGCCCGACGGCACGGUGCGAACUCUGAGCCAGCUGGCGCAGCAGGGCCCGCUCGACUGGCUGGCGGCGUACGGCAAACGAGCGCUGGCCGCCGAGGGCGACUCGCCGCUGGACCUGACAAACAAGCGGCUGCGGACGGCGGCCGCCGCGACGUCAGACAACGAGGAGGAGCGGCCCGCGCCGCGCCCGCCUGCGUUCCGGAUCUCGAUCAAGCCGCCCAACACCAUCUCCGAGGCGGACGCAGUGAGCUCAUGGAAGGGUCCCGGCGAACCUGCGUCGAAGCCGGCGGCGCGGCCGGCCGGCGAGUUGGGCGAAGCGCUGGGCGCGAGGCGAAACGAGGAGACGGCCGAGGUCCGCUCGCCCGACGCGGCGCCGGCCAGGGCGGCCGCCGGCAGCCCGACGCCACCGGUGCCGGCCCUCGCCAACGGCAAGCCCCCGCCGGAGGUGUGGAUGCCGCCGCUGCUGACGCCGCAGCCAGCCGGCAAACAGGGCGUCAUCAAGUGCAGCGACUGCGGCGUGUUCUUCUACAAACAGGACAACUACGAGAUCCACAAGCAGCACUACUGCUUGGGACGCGAGAGCGCCGAGGAGCGGCUCUCACCGUCCGGCCGCAGUCCGACUCGAUCGAGGCCGAGUCAAGGCGACUCGAUCAAAGCGGAGUCCCCCGACCCCGACGCCGCGGCGGCGGCGACGGCGGCCGCCCGCUUCCAGUUUCACUGUGUGGCGUGCGGCACCAAGUUCAUGUCGCUGGGCACGCUGCAGGCGCAUCAGGCGUUCUACUGCGCGCAGGAUCAGGCGAGCCGGGUGGCCAAGACGGCGGCAGCGGCGGCAGCGGCCGUGGUGGCGGCCGCGGCGGUACCCGAGGCCGCCCGGCGCGCCGCCGCGCGCCCGCACCCGGCGCUCGCGACGGGCUGGAAGUGCCCGUGCUGCGACGUGUAUUCCCCGACCGCGGCGUCGGCGCAGAAGCACCUCGAGACGCACAACAACGUACGCGCCUUCAAGUGCUCGCUGUGCGGCUACAAGGGCAACACGCUGCGUGGCAUGCGCACCCAUAUCCGCGUGCAUUUCGUCGACAAAAAGUCGCCCGAGCUGCCGGAGGAGAACUUCAUCUCCUGCAUCGUAGCCAACUCUGACGAGGAGGACGCCGGCCGCGAGGAUCGCACGGAGAAGUGUCCGCUGUGUGCAUUCAAAUCUGGACACCCAGAGACGAUGCUGAAGCACUUCGCGCUGGCGCACCCGCGCUCGCGCUCGCGUGUCUCGACGGCGCCGUCGAUGAUCGAGCACAGGCGGCGCGCGUCCGGCUCGCCGGCCGGCAAGGUAUCCGAGAAGUGCCCCUUCUGCAGCUUCUACACGGACUCGCCGGAGACGAUGCUGAGCCACCAGCUGUUCCGGCACGCGGACCGGCACGGCAGCCCGCCAGCUGCCGAGAAGCUGCAGCGGCUGGCGCUGCGCGGCACGCCUGUGUUCUCGCCGACUGCCGAGCGGCCACGCGGCCCACACGCUGCAGAGCGCGAGGCGAUCCUCGGCCCGGUGUGA